AUUGUCAAUGGAUCCUGAGACAAUUAUUGAAGUUAUAAAGUGGAUAGCUCCUCCCGGUUGUAGAUACUGGAAGUACCAUAGAAAGUUUAAUGAAUUCUUGAGUUCUCUGGAAAGAGAGAGACAGGAUCUUAGUAUCCGCAUGGAAACUAUACAACAAAGAUUGAAUGGGGAGCUUCGUUAUCAUAAAGUAACAAACAAAGAAGUGGAAAGCUGGUUGGGAAAAGCAAAAAAGAUCAACGAGGAGACACAGAGAAUUGAAGAUAAAUUCAAAAAAGGCAACUAUUUUUUGCGUGGUUGGCGGGGAAAACUUGUUGAUGAAAAGAUUCAAGAAGUGAAAAGAGUUUAUGAUCAAGGUGCUUUUCCUGCUGGUUUGGUAAUUGAUGCUCCUGAUGACAUUGGAUUGCCAUUACCAACAUCAGAAAUGGUAGGUGAAGAUAGUGUAAAAGAAAAAAUUUUGAAACUCUUGAUUGGUGAUAGGGUAUGCAAGAUAGGUGUUUGUGGGAUGGGAGGGGUUGGUAAAACAACCGUCAUGAAGCACAUUCAUAAUCAGCUCUUGAAAGAGAGAAAUAAGUUUGAUAAAGUAAUUUGGGCAACCGUAUCCAAGGAGUAUGCUGUUGUUAAAUUGCAACAAGACAUUGCAACUGCACUGCGGGAAGAUUUGUCGAAACAUAAUGAUAUAACCAUGCGGGCUGCAGUGUUACAAGAGAUGUUGCAAGGAAGAAAGAGAUAUGUGCUAAUUUUAGAUGAUGUGUGGAAGCAAAUAUCUUUAGAGGAAGUUGGAAUCCCCGAACCAACUGUAAUGGAUGGAUGCAAAUUGGUUUUAACAACCCGUUCCACAGAGGUGGUUCGAUCCAUGGGUUGUGAGGAAAUCAAAGUUGAGCCACUUUCAGAAAUGGAGGCAUUUGAUUUAUUCUUGAGCAAAGUUGGAUCUGAGCUUUUGGAUAUUCCCACUUUACAAUCAACUUUGAAACUAAUUGUGAAGCAAUGUGAUGGUUUGCCUCUAGCAAUUGUUACGCUGGCCAGCAGCAUGAAUGGAGAGCGUGAUGUUCGUAUAUGGGAGAAUGCAUUAAAUGAAUUGAAAGCACGUAUAGGAAGUGUUGAGGAUAUGAUAGAUAAGGUACUUGAACGUUUGAAAUUUAGUUACGAUCGUUUGAGAGAUCCAAAAAUCAAACAUUGCUUCUUAUAUUGUGCUUUAUAUCCUGAAGAUUUUGCAAUUGACAAGGAUGAGUUGAUAGAAUAUUGGAUUGUUGAAGGAUUUAUUGAGGAAUUGGAGAGUAGAGAAGCUAUGUAUAACAAAGGCCAUGCUAAUUAUAAGAGACUAGAAGAAAAUUGUUUAUUAGAAAGCGCGGAUCAUGGGAAUUGUGUGAAGAUGCAUGAUCAGGUGAGAGACAUGGCAUUGUACAUUACUAGUCAGAGUCCUCGAUGUCUGGUAAAAGCUGGGAUGCAAUUGAGAGAGCUACCAAGUGAGCAUGAAUGGAUUGAAGAUCUUCAGAAGGUUUCUUUAAUGCACAACAACAUUUCAAAAUUUCGCUUAGAUAUGACACUUCCUAAGUUUACAGCACUCUCGACCUUGCUUUUGCAAUAUAAUUCAUCUUUAAAAGAGAUUGAUGACUCUGUCUUUACGCUCAUGACUGAGCUUAAGGUUCUUGAUCUUUCUCUUUGUUAUAGUAUCAGAAAUCUUCCCAAUUCUAUUUCUGGCUUGGUAAAACUCACUGCAUUGUUGCUUAACGGUUGUGGUUAUCUAGAACAUGUGCCUUCUUUGGCAAAACUUGGGGCUCUGAAGAAGUUGGAUCUUGGUUGGACGGGUAUUACAGCCAUUCCUGAUGGACUAGAGAUGUUGGUACAUCUAAGAUAUCUUGAUCUUUAUGCAUACCGUAUAAAAGAGAUGCCUGGUGGAAUAUUACCAAAACUCUUCCGUCUUCAAUACUUGAGGUUAGAUUAUGCAGUUGCAGAAGCAGAAGAAGUUUCAAGAUUGAGCAAGUUGGAAUCCUUGGGAUUGGGAGAUUAUUUUCCAGGAGGAAGAAGGGGAAAAGCGGUAGGAAUUGGUGGAUUGGCAAACUUUGAAGACUCCAUUAAGAUACCGACUGACAUUCGGAGGCUAGUCAUUGCAGGCUGUGAUGAUUUGGGAAGGGUAAGCAAUAUUUCUUCUUUAAAAGAUGCAACUGACUGGAGGACCUGCUGGAUUCAUUCGUGCAAACAGAUGGAGUGCUUCUAUUAUUUGUCCUCUUACACAACUGCACUUCAGACCCUUGAGUAUCUGUUUCUUGAGUACUUGGAUAAUUUAAUUGCAAUUCUUGUAGAAGAAAUAGACGGAGCUAAAUCCACAUUGCCAACACCAAUAACACCUGGAAUCUUCUCUUGUCUUAAAACUGUUCAGAUAGUCAGUUGUCCAAAAUUGAAGAGACUGUUCCGGCCUAAGUUGCUGCGAAACCUACAAAACUUAGAAGAAAUUGAUGUUUCGUGGUGCUCAGGACUUGUGGAAAUAGUAGCAGCAUCAAGUGAUGAAGAAGAAGAAGAUAAGGAAGCAAGUAAGAAUUCUAUCAAACUCUCUCUUCCAAAUUUAAGAUCUAUAUUUUUGAGUAAUCUACCGGAAUUGAGGAGCUUUUGUAAGAGUUGUUACGCAAUCCAUUGUGAUUCCCUUAGAAGCAUUUGUAUAGUCGAAUGUCCAAAGCUGAAGACGAUCUCUCCCUUGUUUCCGCAACCUGACAAUGGGCUGCCAUCUCCUCCCGCCUCCCUUGAAAUUCUCAUAGUUCGUCCAAUAGAGCACUGGAAUUCACUGGAAUGGAGCCAUCCCAACACGAAGAAUGUCCUUGAACCCUUCCUUCUGAAGUCAAGUUAA